CACUCCCAGCUUGAGCAGCUUUGGCACAACCCCUCCCCCCCCCCUCCGCCCCAAAGAACUGUCCCCCUCUGAUCUACUUACUCUCUGAUCACCCUGCCCUUACCUUCCACAUACCUGGUUCUUCUGACCUUGUAUAUCCCUUUCUGUGAAAGAAACCACGUAGGUCUUUUUGCGUUGUGUAGAUGCUUGCAUCUCUUUGCAUCAACAGUGUUCUCCCGGGUGUAAUAGCCCCAGCUUCCUGCAGUAAUUGUGGAAUGAAAUAUUUCCUUAGAUUCUAUCUGACAGUUCAGUGGUAACUGUUUGGAUGGAGGGGGAUGACUGGCGUGGCCUCUGCUGGUGAAUGGUCUGUGCCUGUGUUUGGGAGAUUUUGUGAUUGGGGCAUCAGGGACUGGGGCACUGUGUGUCGUGACAAGGUCUGGAUACAAGUUGAUGGGUGGCCUGUUAGGGGUUGUGAAUGAGCAGACGGUGUGGGUAGUAACUGGAGUCAUUAGAGGUAGCAGGGUAUCAGGACAGGCACAGCUAGUGGCUCGUUGAGGUGAUGAUUAGGAUUUGUAGGGGUGCUAGUGAAUGGUGGGUGAGCGUGGGGUUGACUAGAAAGUGGGGCAUCAUGGAAGUGAGUGGCUGGGGUCCCUGUGUGAUUACUGAUUGGACAGCCCCUGGGUUUGGUGAUGGGGGGCAGGGAGCUCUUUGAGAACCAGUGAUCGGGAGACUGUUAAGGUGAAUGGAUGGGUGGCUGUAGGAGGGAGGAGUUGGAGUUCUGUAGGGUCCUUUGGGACUCUGUUUAGUAUUUCACUGACUCUUUUCCUUGUCAAUGGAUAGACUCUGCUGAGGUUACUGGAUGGCAGUGUGGGGGAGCCCGGGAUGGGUUUCUUUGCAUUAGUGUUUAGAAGCCUGUGGCAAUCAGCGAUAAGAGGCUGUGCUGUCAUAUUCAGUCAAGUCUUCCAUCAGUUCUCUUAAUCACAAAGCGGGAGACAUUCAAGGUUCUCAGGAGAUGAUGCCAGAAGCUGACGUACAGGGUCAGGUGAAGGCUGAGCAGUGUUCAGAUGUUUGUUUUCUGCUGCCUGCUCACUGUCUGCACAAGGCAUGGGCUUUGCUGACUGAGUAGCACAGGCUUCCUGAGCAUGUGGUGAUGAGAGCAGCUUUGUCUCGUCUGUUUCCAACCCUCGGCCCAACUCGGGGUGGGUAGUAAUUGCCUCGAAGAGGCUGGUCUGGCCCCACUCUUGUUAGCUGCCAUGGGGCAAAACCUGGCAGUUUGCUAACAUCCAAGCAAAACUUUCUAUCUUCACAUGCAGCAGAUUUUUCUCUAUGUUCAGUGGGACAUUGAAGACACUCUCACCUGUUCUUUACUGGAACAGCGCCUUUAAACAAAGAGCUCUUGCUCUAAAUCUUCUACAGGUACGAUAUUCAGUUUAUUUGCUGGAAAGGUGUCACUGACCAGUCCACCGUGUCCAGUCUUCCCAACUAGCCUGUCAGCCUCUGGAGACCAGACUGGGAGCACUGGGGGCUUAGGUGGUCAGCAAACGUUCCUGGACCACAGGUGCUAGACACAUCUCUUUUGGCAGGGUUGCUGUGAAAGUUGGAAUUUGUCCCUCAUGCCCCCACGGUUACAGGGUACUGUGAUUUUUGGACAUUUUGGACAUUUCCUUUUAGGUGUAUUCUUAACAAGGAAAUAACAUCUCUUUGUGACCUCACGCUGUGAAGUCCCUGGCUCUGAUCUCAUAUCUGGUUGAAUGUAAGUGACCUGGUCCUUGAGCAGUGAAGGAAUUCAAAGUGCCGUGGCCCCGAGGAACAAGAGAACUCUUGUGAGAUGAGAAGGAAGAGGCCUUGGGACUAGGGGUACGUUCUCAGUUCACAGACAUUUGACCAGCGGCCUCGCUCCAGUGCAUCAGAACAGAGCAGAUUUUCCAAGCAGCUGAAAAUGAUCAAGUCACAGAUCUCGUUUGAGGAUGUGGCCGUGGACUUCACGUUGGAGGAGUGGCGGCUACUUAACCCAACUCAGAAGAACUUGUACAGAGACGUGAUGCUGGAGAACUAUAGCAACCUAAUGUUCUUGGGUUAUCAAAUUAUCAAGCCUGAUGCAAUUUUCAAGCUGGAGCGGGAAGAGCCAUGGAUAAUCGAUGAGGUUCUAAGUCAGAACUUUUCAGAAGAAGUCUGGCUAGAUAACAGUCUCAAAAUGUGGCACCAGGAUAAUCAAGACAAGCUUAGAAGUAUGGAGAGAGGCCAUGAAUAUGAUGUUUUUAGGAAAAUAUUUCAUUCAAGCAUUAACUUUGUUCAUUUAGGAAUGAGACCCCAUAAAUGUGGCACAGGUGAAAAAAAUUUGAAACAUCCUUUUGAGUUUCUUAUUUCAAAAAAUAACCGUGGAAGAAAGAAACUUGAUGAGCUCAGUAAGAAAUUGUUAUUCUACAUCAAACCUGAUAGAACCCAUGGUGGAGUAAAAUACUGUGAUUGCAACGCGUGUAGGAAAGCCAGCAAUACAGAGGCAUGGCUCAUUGCAGACCAUAGUACACAUACAGGAGUCUGUUUAUGCAUGGAGUGUGGCAAAGUUUUUAAUAAGAAGUCACAGCUUAUUAUACAUCAGAGGACUCAUACAGGAGAGAAGCCCUAUGGAUGCAGCGAAUGUGGAAAAGCCUUUUCACAGAAGUCAUUGCUCACUAUUCAUCAAAGGACUCAUUCAGGAGAAAAACCUUAUGGGUGUGGUGAAUGUCAGAAAGCUUUCAGUAGGAAGUCACUACUCAUUUUACAUCAGAGAACUCAUACGGGAGAGAAGCCCUAUGGAUGCAGCGAAUGUGGAAAAGCCUUCAGCAGGAAGUCACAGCUUAAAAGACAUCAGAGAACUCAUACAAUAGAGAAACCGUAUGGCUGCAGUGACUGUGGGAAAGCUUUCUCCCAGAAAUUAAAGCUUAUUACACAUCAGAGAACACAUACAGGAGAGAAGCCCUAUAAAUGUAGUGAUUGUGGGAAAGCCUUCUUUUGGAAGUCCCAGCUCAUCACUCAUCAGAGGACUCAUACGGGGAAGAAACCGUAUGCGUGUAAUGAGUGUACAAAAGCCUUCAGCAGGAACUCACUCCUCAUUAGGCAUCAGAGGAUCCACACAGGAGAGAAACCCUAUGAAUGCAGGGAGUGUGGCGAAGCCUUCAUCAGAAAACCACAGCUCAUUAAGCAUCAAGUAACUCAUACAGGAGAGAAGAACUAUCGGUGCAGUGACUGUGAAGAAGCAUUCUUUAAGAAGUCAGAGCUAAUGAGACAUCAAAAAACCCAUUUAGGGGAGAAACCCUACGGGUGUGUUGAAUGUGGAAAAACCUUCUUUGGGAAGUCACAGCUCCUAACGCAUCAGAGAACUCACACUGGAGAGAAGCCUUAUGAGUGCGGUGAGUGUGGGAGAGCCUUCACCCAGAAGUCAAGCCUGAUAUCACAUCAGAGGACACACACAGGAGAGAAGCCCUAUGAGUGCAGGGACUGUGGGAAAACCUUCAGUGAGAAGUCAAGCCUCGUGCAUCAUCAGAGAACCCAUACUGGAGAAAAACCCUUUGAAUGUAGCGAAUGCAGGAAAGCUUUUGCCUGGAAGCCACAGCUUCUAAGGCACCAGAGAAUUCAUACAGGGGAGAAACCUUAUGAGUGCAGUGAAUGUGGGAAGGCCUUUGUUCAGAAAGUGCAGCUCAUUAAGCAUCAAAGAAAUCACACAGGAGAGAAAACCUAUGGGUGCAGUGAGUGUGCAAAAGCUUUCUUUGAGAAGGCACAGCUUGUUAUACAUCAGAGAAUUCACACAGGAGAGAGACCCUAUAAAUGUAGUGAAUGUGGGAAGUCUUUCACUAGAAAGUCACACCUUAUGAGGCAUCAGAGAAUUCAUACAGGAGAUAAAUACUAUGGAUGCAGUGAGUGUGGGACUGCUUUCAGCAGGAAGUCACAGCUCAUGGCUCAUCAGAGGACUCAUGUAAUCUAGAAACCGCAUGAGUGCUGUGAGUAUGAGAAAUCUGUCAGACUGAGAGGGGAACCCUGUCAGUGCGCUGAGAAGGCAGGUCUCACCCAGCAGAGCUGAGAAAGGAGGGAAGUGUUUUUAGGUAGACAGUGUAAGAGAGCCUUCUAGAAUGCAUUAAUGACUUGUCGCUGUGGAAGUCUUAUCAGCAUCAUAGUAGUGCAGAACCUGGUAGUCAGGAGAGACAGCUCUUCAUCAGAGGACCUAAACAUGAGGAGGAACUCCAUUGGAAAAAGCAAGUGGAAGGUUUCAUCAAGAAAGGAUAAUUCACGGUACACCAGAGAAUGCAUACACAAAGGAAACACUGAGCAUCUUGAAUUAGAGAUUUAAGUAUGAAGGAGAAGUCCUAAUAGUUUUGAAGAAUUCUGAUAAGCAUGAUCAUAUUGAAAUAAUUCUAUUAAGUUGUAUUUGUUGUAUAUAAAUUAUAAAAAGUAGUUAAUUGUAAGUGGUAGCUGUGUUUUAAGUGUGAAGACUUCUGCUUUCUGCUAUGGGAAUGUGGCAAGGGCCGGAUUUAACUCCCCUGCCGUGAACAGCUAGAAACUGUAAAAUGUAUGUGAAAUAAUGGUGUUGAGACCUAUGACAAGCAGAAGUGUGUGAUCCCUGGCAGAGGGUGUAGUGAGUGAGGUGCGCCCAUAGGAGCCCAGCCUAACGUGGUGGCAGUUCCCAGGCUGCAUAUCAGGGAGAGGACCACAUGCGGUAUUGCUGAAUUGAAGAGAAUUGUUGCACUUGCAUUCGGGGAGGCCAGAGUAGCUAAAUUUUGCAGGGAAAUGUACUAGGGAGGAGGGAGCUUCCCAGAGAGACAGCUGCAGAAAUCUACAAGGAGUGCCCUUAGUCUUUUGGCGUAGUACUGAUUUGCACGUGUGACCGGAGACUUCUUGAGUCCAGGAAAAGUGCAGGAAAGCAGUCGGCUGAACAGUUCCCAGAAAUCAGGGUAGGCUGGAAAGAAAGUUCCCACCACCUGGAGUGGAGACCACUUUUAACACAUGGGGGAUCAGGUAGGAUUCCCAGCAGAGUAUUAGUAGUGAAGCAAUCAAUCCUAGACCGAAAGCUGGUCUGGACCCAAAUGUCUGGCAUCCAGAAACACAGCUGGUAUCCAGGGAAGCCAUGAGAAUAUGCCUUGUAAUCAGGAGAAAAAUCAGUCAGUAGAAAGACACACAGAAAAAAAAUGAAAGCAGUUGGCAUUAGAUAAGGAUGUUCAGAGAGCUUUUAUAAGUACAUGGGAAAACAGGAAUGUGACAGUGUGAAUUGGAAGAUGUAUUUUUAAAAGCCUGAGUGGAACUUCUCAGGCUGAAGACCAUAAUAUCUGAAAAUUAAAACAAAAAAAAUCUUUGGAUGGAAUUAAGAGCAGAUUAGACAUAGAAGAACAAUCAAUGAACUUGAGUAAGAAUAAAAACUGUCCAACUGAAGGACACAGUGGAAAAAAAGACUUGGAAGAAAAGAGAAAAGGGAGUCAGUUACAGCGAGGCACGUGUAUUUGUGUGGAGUCCUAGAAGGAGAGGGCAGAGAAGAGGCAUGAGAAAGUACUUAAGUAAAAAAUGUGUGAAAUUUUCACACAUAUGAUGAAAAAUGUAACUCCACAUACUCAAGAAGUUUAAAGAACCUCAAGAGGAAAUCCUGCUGAUGGACAUCACAGUCAAAUUGAUGAAACCCACUAAUAAAGAGAACAGUUGUAAAGCACCUAGAGAAAGACAAGAUACUUUCACAGAACAGAGGACCACACAUACCUCUGGUUAGAAACUACUCGAGCUGGAACACAACGGAGUGAGAGACAACUUUACAGUAAAACCCCCACUGCCUGCCGUUUGUCUAUUUCCCGUCAAAAACACGUUUCAAAAAUGAAAGCAAAAAAAAAAAAAAAAAUCUCAGAGAAACAGAAUUUACCUGUAGACCUUCUUUCAGGAAACAUGAAAGCAUGAAAGCAGGUUUUGGAAAUGAGGAUCUACGGGAAGAAAUGAGGAGCUCUGGGAGUGGUGAAUAUGUGGGUCAGUAUAAAAGAUCUCUUUCCUCAUUUAAAAAUCUUUUAAAAAGGUAAUCAUUUGUUUAAAGCCAAAUAACAAUGUAUUGUGGGUUAUGAUCUAUUUAGAAGUAAGGUGUCACAACGACAACGCUUAAGUAUGAAUCUCCAGAGCUAGUUAAAUAGACUGCAUCCUCUGAGUGAGAAACCUGCUUCCCCAGGGCUCAGGACAGCUUGUGUGUGUAGCAGCCACACAGUAGUAUCGCACCUGUGCUGCUGCUUCUGUGCAUCCCCGCCCCCGCACCCCCAGGGACUGUCCUCUAGGGACAGCCUCACUAGGGUUUGUGCUUAGUGUGAACAUUGGAGAUGCUCGAUCGGCGAGCGGGAGGAGAGAGGUUGGAACACUUAACCUCACGCCCCUGUGUGGACCUGGGCGUGGGUGUGGCAGUGUGCUGCCGCCCCCUCCCCCCGCCCUCCUGGGGCAGUAGACUCUCUUUUCAGUUAACGCCUCCCUCUCCUUGCUCUUGUCAAUUUGGGGUGUUAACUACUUCUGGAUGCUUCACCACCGCUGGUUGGUUUCCUUAAUUCUGAACACACAUGUGUACAAGGUUCCUCUAUUGAAUGUUCUUAGGUUAAUAUUUUGAGUGUAGCACUUGUUUUCUGUGCCAGGUGUUAAAUGAUGAGCGUUUAACGUUUAACACAAUCCUGAGUAUCAGUUACUGGUACAUGUGCGUCAUCAGGCAUAGACGGACAUCUAUCAAGAUUACCCACACUAAAUAUCAGUAUUUUAUCUCUAUUUUUAAACAGUUCGGUAGAAAUUAUAACAAAUAACAAAACUCUUCGUGUUUUUUUGUUUUGCUGCAAAUGUAAAUGGCUCCGCAGGUGGUUAUCUGCUACACAUCCAGUGGUCUUGCACUUACUACUAACCUUGAAACCAAAAUAUUUAUGAAGUCUUAUGCUACCUCUGGAUUAGCCAAGCAAUUUACAAAAAAACCUGUCAUUGAUGUUCAAUAUGUGUGGUUGCCAACCACUUCCUGAGUAAGGUAGAAGGGAAUGAUGCUUCAUACUUCCUAGCAUCUCAUUUAGAAACACUGUGCUGUGCAGUUAAAAUGUCCUCAUUCCAUAUUCUGUUGCUUUUCAUUAUAUAUAAUCUGUGUAAUCUGUAACCCACAGGUAAGAUUUACACGUCAGUGGGUCAGCAUUACUACAGAGAAUCGCUUCAGGGCUACACGACAGUGCCCAUCACAAACACUAUACAGCCUCGUGAAGUGUAAGUUAGGUUGAAGUAAACCACCAGAGAGGCCCAGCAUAGCACACCGUCCCAUCAUUUGUCAAAUACCUCUUAAGACUUAAUUUCACCAUCCUUUACCCUCUCACACCCAGUCCUUUUCUUCUGGUAACAAAGCCACUUUUGAAGGGAAAUAAUUGCAUCAGGCUACACAGCUGUAUUUUCUCUCCCAGUUGUGUUUGCAUCGCCAUCUGCAUCUUGAAGGUGUUCCAUUUUGUAUAACCCCAGCGGCACCAUUCCGCUGUAGUCUGUGCCAGUAACUUGUGUAUUACUCUGGUCCUGCCUUCAGGCUCAGGACCUCACUCCUCCUUUAUAAGGAGUUAGUUAGCAAAUGAAACAAAUAUUUCAAGGCUUGGGCAUAACCGGACUAGCACUGUGACAGUCAGCUGUGGUGGUGUCUCUGCAACAGUGCCGUGUGCCUCUAGGUGACGGUACAGUGGCUUCUACAUAACAGCUUUUCCCUCCCCACCCCUUUGUCACGUGCUGAAGAGACAGGCCAUGCUCACUUUCCUUAUCUUAGAAAACUUUAUCUCAUGAUGUCUGUCUGCAGUGUAGAAGCAGGCGGUGUAACAUCUCGUGACAGGCUCACAGGCAUGACCAGUAGCCAAGUUAAGUGGCUCCUCCGGGUGUGGCACACCCCACCUGUGAACCUGUGAUGCCAUCUGGUAACUCUUUAUUUCCUUUGGGAGUCUUAUUACUCAUUGUAUCCAGGUAGUGUUGACAUCUUGUCAUUGAGCCUGUUACUCUCAGAUGUUAAGAUUAAAUAAUCCAGGGAACACUAACUUUUUUGAAUGACUUAAUUAUCAUACAUAGGUAUUUUACAACACCUAAAUCAUUAAAAGCGCCCAACAAAUAGCGCAGCUAUAGAAGCAGCCACUGGUAAGAGAAAUACAAGUGAAGUGACAUGUGUAAUUAGGUUCUCAUUUACAGCAUUGCUGUGGUUCCUAGCAUUAAGAUUAUUUAUUAAAAAAAAACAUAUCAAGCUGAGAUUCCCAAGAUGGGGAAGCAGAUUAACUCUAGUGUUAGAGAGUGGUCAUGUUAAGGAAGCAUUUAAACCACAGAGUUGCCACCACUGCAGCCAUCAGAAUGGCCGUGUGGGUUUCUCUCAUACCCUCGUGAACACAGGGCAGCUCUAAGUGCAUGAGCAAGUCAUAUAUACUUAUUCUGGUGUGUGUGUGUGUGUGUGUGUACAGAGCGGAAUGUGUCAGGCGAUCACAUUGCAGAUGUGGGCCAGCUGUGCCUCAUACAAAGACAGGGCAGACAGUUCAUGAGAAAGGUCAGCUGUCAUCCCUUUGGUGAGAAGCAGUGUGUAAACUGCUGGCCUGUGUUUCCACUGCCGGUGCACCUGGAGAGCUGGGGUGCCUGGGGGAGCUGUGCGAGCUCAGACUAUUGCACAGCACUUCUCUCUGCUGUAUUUGAAAAGAAAACUCUGUACCUCUAUGUUUACUGAGUAAACUGUUAAAUGAA